CUUUCAUUCACCGGCCAUUAACCUACUCCUCGUUAUAAAAGAAUUCUCUCACACCGGCGGAGAUCGGUAUGGAUCCGUCAUGGACCUAAACAGGUCAUUCCAAACGACCCGGCGGUUCAGAUCCUCAGGAUGCUCCCAACUCAUGGGCAAUCCCAAUAUGAUAGCUCCGGCAGCUCCACCGCCGCCUGUGAUGAGCUCUCCGAGGAUGACAUUUUCUGGAUGGACGAUUUGAUCUUGUCCAACCUCAGCCACACCAACGAUCGAUCCUCCCCUCGUUCCUUGUCCACCACACCCCUUCACAUCCAACGGAAGACCUUGUUGAUAAUUCUGUCCGAGAGCUUUGGCAUCCUCGGUGUACUCCGGGAGCACAGGGCUCGCUCCAACUUCGACCACAAGCGGGUACUCGAAGAAUCUGCCGCUUCCUCGUCAAGGACGAUCCCAAAGGAGUCGAAUGAACAGUCCAAUCCGACAGCAGGAAGGUAUCACCAAUCGAUGCCGGUGACCGUGCCGGUUUUGACUGCAGCAAUGAUCAAAAGGCAUCAUCACUGGGAGCUCGAUGAUGAUGAUGAUGAUGAUGAAGCCGAUGAUAGUAGGACCAUGGUGCCGCCUCACGAGAUGGUGGCAAAGAGCUUGGCACAAUCACAGAUGGCGGCAUUCUCGGUGCUCGAAGGAGCCAGGAGGACGCUCAAGGGUAGGGAUCUCCGACAGGUGCGGAACGCAGUGUUUCGACAGACCAGUUUUCUCGAUUGACCAAAUCCAACGCUAUAUUUAUAGUUUGCUAUCCGAUCUCCGUCUCCAGGAAGAGUUCAUCAUGAUAAGGCAGGCUAAUUCUUAUUAUUAUUAUUGGUCUUACUUUUGUAGAACCCUAAAAAUCGAAAUUCAUUUACAUUCUGAAUUUCAAUGACAAAAUUCAGAUUUGGCUUUUUA